GCUUUCCAUAUACGCCGUCGAUUGGUUGCAUCUUGGUUUCAUUUUCCGCUGGAUCCCCGCACGUCCACUGGAAGUGGAAUGAAAUUCCUGCUCAAGCACCUACGUGAAUUUUAAUCACUGUCCCCCACAAACAGUUUUUUCAGUUUCGACACCGAAGGUGGACACGGGUAGGAGCCCGCUAGCGUCCGAAUGAAUUGUUCACUCCCAGCAGCUGCAUAAGAAUUCACAACCUUGUCUCGCAGAAGGCGGGUCCGAGACGGACAUUCGUCAGGCGUGCGCUCCUUACACUACAAUGACCUCUGCGGAAGACCUAAAGAGGGCACUGCUCACCAAUUUGGAAAGAAGCGGUCACCUUAAAAGACUUAAGGCUGAAUUAUUGGAAAAUGUUUUUAUGUCGCUGGACAAAUCUUAUUGGUCUUCGGCCGGAAGAUCGAGCCCGUAUAUACCAGAAAACCCUGUUUCCGACUACAAGUUUAUUAUACUGGAGCUACUUAUGGAAUUCCUUGCGUUUGAACAUCUGGAAUUCAGUCAAUCUGUACUUCGUGCAGAAUCUGGUCAUGGUGAUCUGAACAUUUCCAGACAGACCCUUUGCCAAAUGCUCGGUAUUCGACCUACGGUGAAGGUGAAACCUUUGGAUAGCGACGGCGUGCGGCAAAGCCGACUGGACAGAUCGGCGGCCCCCCAAGUCAACAGUCCCGUCCCGAUUUUAUACUACCUCGUUGAUCGGUUUAAACGCGGUUAUGUCGCGGACUCCUACAAACGCGAACCACCUAGGGAUUUCGGAAACGCACUCUUCACGAGUGCCAUGGGAUCAGCCAAGAAAUAUGCGAACAAAGUCUGCUAACUUUGAGCAUGCCAACCGAGCAUUGUCUUCGUCAAGUGACUCGCAAAGCAUCUGUCCUAGUGCAGCCGACGAUCUCGCUAAUUUUUAAUGAUCAAAAUCGUCAGCCAUAUCGCUGAGUAUUCCAAAGGUGGACAUCUGGUACGAUCUUCCAGUUAACAUUAUCAAUCACUACCGCGUCAAACCAGUCAACAAGUUCCUUAUUGCUAUCUACCCGCGGAAAUUCAUCCUCCCACCUCUACUACAACGGUUAUCCUAUUGUCUACGCAUUUUUACUUCAUUUUGUUUCACCUGUGUUGUUUUUGCCCGCAUUGGCCUACCGGUCCCAAACAGGUAUCGUUAACCGCAGAUGACACAAAUUUCGACACAAUCGAUCAGGAGUGCGGUUUACAGUUUGACGCAAUACUAGUUCAGAAU